CAGAAAGUAGAUAAAUUACAGGAAAAACUUAAAACAAAUAUUUAUAAGUCAAAUCUUCCACUUCUCCUUCGACAAUCAACCUUUCAGUAAAAUAUGGAGACGAUCGAAAAUUAUUCUACACAAAGAGGGGAAUUGAAAUCGCUUUAUAUAGAAGAAUAUUUACAUCAAUACGUUGAUAAUAAAUGGACUCAGAGUUUCUUUCCUUACACUAUUCCUAUGUCACUGGCAUACGUAAUAAUUAUCUUUUCUUUGCAAAAUUACAUGAAGUCCAGGCCUCCGUUUCAGCUUCGUUGGCCUCUUGUCAUCUGGAAUAUACUACUGGCGGCAUUCAGUAUUUGUGGCACUUUAAGAUUGCUUCCAGGGAUGUGGAUUUCAAUUCGAGAGUUCGGAUUUAUGUUCUCCGUGUGCAACAUGAGCUUUGCAUUAAAAUAUCACCCGCUUGCAUUCUGGUUAUCUGUAUUUACAUGGUCAAAACUUAUUGAAUUCGGAGAUACAAUAUUUCUUGUCCUUCGUAAACAAAAGCUGAUAUUUUUGCAUUGGUAUCAUCAUGCUGCAACUCUGAUUUAUGUAUGGUAUUUCAAUUCCAAUGAAGCCUCCACUACAUAUUGGUGUAUGACGAUGAACAUUUUUGUACACAGCUUAAUGUAUUCUUAUUACGCUAUGAAGGCGAUGAAAAUCAAAGUACCUGUGUUUAUUGCCAUGACAAUUACCAUAAUUCAAAUUUCACAGAUGUUUAUGGGCUGUUUCCUUACUUUAUCAGCCACAUACAUGUAUUACAGCGGGAAAUAUUGCGAACAGACCAACACAUCUCUGUUGUUGUUUAAUUGCAUGUAUUUUUCGUACGCUUGGUUAUUUUGUCGCUUCUUUCGAGAUUCAUAUUUGAAGAAAACAAAUCGUAGUAAUUUACUGCAUGAGAAAUCACAGUAAAGAAGCGUUAGGAGGGCGAAUUUUCUGAUCAAAAUAAAUUGAUUAUUAUUUUCUUUGCUUUUUACUUGAUGUUAUGAUAAAUAAUAUUUUUCCUUUAAACACUGUAUUGUAAUUAAUUAAACAGGUGGUGAAUUUGAAACUCUUAUGAAUUAAGAUGUACUAAUGUAAUAUCAUAAGAGGAAGGAUUAUUUGUUUUAUUAUAUAGUCUAAUCGUUUUUAUAUAUACUGUAUUUCUCUUUACUUAAAGUAAUA